AGUAUAGACUAUUGCUCUGUGGACUAUUGUUGAGUUAUUGACAUUUAAUUAGAAAGUGUUUUGUGUUUGUGUUUAAUUUAUACAAAUUCUGAUUCUAAUUAUUCUAAUCUAAUUCAUGUAAUUCAUAAUAAAAGGAAAUGGAUUUAGCCAAGUCUCUAUUCAGCUCACGCGAUCACGUCGGGUAUGUGGGGCGUGAAGAACACGAACGCAAAAUCAGUGCAGCUUUAGCAGAUGACGACCCAGAAGAUAUUAUUGACGCUAUUCGUGGUAUGAACGUCGCUGAUGAAUUACUACCUGCUCCCGGUGGACCCUUUUCCGCUUUAACAGCUAGCAUGGUGCCCCAAGAUAUCAUGGCAAAACUCGCACAGCCAGAAUCUGAAGGUCACGGAGGUGGCCUACCCGAUUAUAGAUUCGACGAAUUUGGAUUCUGUGUCGAGGAAGAAGACGGACCUGAACAAAGCUCUAAUAAAUUACUUGCUAACGUUUUUGUUGAAGAUGAUCAACAUCGCCUGCAGUGGGAAUUUUACAGCAAAGAAAUAAGCUUUUCAGAGAGUGAAAACAAAUUAGAAAAGACCGACAAACUACAGAAAAUGGUUAAAGAUGGCGUACCUCACUCUUUGAGACCUCAAGUUUGGAUGCAUCUCUGUGGUGCAAACAAAAAAAGAGUAUCCACAGAAAUUACUUAUCAUGAAAUUGUACGGGCAUCCAGUGAUGAUGGAUUGGUUACAAGUAAGCAAAUUGAAAAAGAUUUAGUUCAAAUUUUACCGAAUAAUGUGUGUUUUUCUCAUCCAACAAGCACUGGCGUACCACGACUCAGGCGUAUUCUUAGAGCAUUGGCGUGGCUAUAUCCUGAUAUUGGAUAUUGCCAAGGAACUGGUAUGAUUGCAGCUUCUCUAUUAUUACUCAUGGAGGAGGAAGAAGCAUUCUGGAUAAUGUGCACAACUGUAGAGGAUCUUUUACCAGCUUCUUAUUAUUCAUCAACAUUAAUAGGAAUACAGGCAGAUCAAAAAGUGUUGAGGAGCCUAAUAUCUACUUAUUUACCAGGUAUUGACCAAGUCCUUAAUGCCCAUGACAUUGAACUCUCUCUUAUAACUAUGCACUGGUUCCUGACUUUGUAUGCCAAUGUGGUUCACAUGAAGAUUUUACUAAGAAUUUGGGAUUUGUUCUUCUUAGACGGCUCUAUUGUUCUGUUCAAAGUAACAUUAGCAAUGUUAAAGAUCAAGGAAAACCGAUUUACUGAAAUAUCUAAUUCUGCUCAAAUUUUCAAUGCAUUGUCAGAUAUUCCUGGAGAAAUUGAUGAUGUUGAUCUCUUAAUCAAAACUAUAGAUGAGGUUUGUGGUGAAACACUAAGUCCAGCUUUAAUUGAGACUCAUCGUCGAAGACAUUUGGCUUAUCUGAUGGCUGAUCAGGGUGCCUUGGUUGGAAACCCAAAUGCGGUACCAAAUCUCCCCAAACAGCAACUCCAGAGGCGUCAAAUUAAAAGAAACAAAUCAGUUAUACAAACUAUUUUGUUUGGAGAUGACAGUAACAAUGAAGAUGCAGUGUCUAAGAAUGUGAAACAAACUGAAAUCCUUGUUGAUCUGAGAGAAGCUAUUUUACAAGUUGCUCGACAUUUUCUUGCACUUGAACCUCAGUUAGCAUCUGAAGUCCAACUUACUGCAGAUUACAGUAUGCAGAGUCAUGCAGCUGACAGAGAGAGAUAUGUCAACGUCUCUAGAAGUAAAAGGCGACGUGCUAAGGCUUUGCUUGAUUUUGAAAGGAGAGAUGGUGAUGAAUUAGGAUUCAGAAAAAACGAUGUAAUCGAAGUUAUCAGCUCUAGAGAUGAACAUUGUUGGAUUGGAGAAUUAAACGGUUUAAGAGGCUGGUUUCCUGCAAGAUUUGUUAAAUUGUUAGAUGAAAAAGGUGUGAAAUAUAGUAGAGCUGGAGAUGACUCUGUAACAGAAAAAGCAGCUCAUCUAGUAAGAGGAGUAUUAGCACCAGCAUUUAAAAGGGUAUUGUUGCAUGGUAUCAAAAAACCCAGUUUCCUAGAUGGACCCUGUCAUCCAUGGCUGUUUAUAGAGGAAGCAUCAUCCAGGGAAGUGGAAAAGGAUUUCAAUUCUGUAUAUAGUCGCCUAGUUUUAUGUAAGACAUAUCGCUUGGAUGAAGAUGGUAAAGUUUUAACACCAGAGGAGUUAUUGUACAGAUGUGUACAAGCAAUUAAUCUUUCUCAUGACAAUGCCCAUGCCCAAAUGGAUGUAAAAUUACGUACAUUAAUAUGCAUGGGAUUAAAUGAAGAAGCAUUACAUCUAUGGUUGGAGGUUCUAUGUUCCUGUGUCGACGUUGUACAGAAAUGGUACCAUCCUUGGUCAUUUAUCAAUUCUCCAGGCUGGGUUCAAAUUAAAUGUGAAUUGAGAAUACUUUCACAGUUUGGAUUCAAUUUAAAUCCUGACUGGGAACUGCCGUUAAAGAAAGAUACCCAAAAUCAACCACUAAAAGAAGGUGUCAGAGAUAUGUUGGUGAAACAUCACUUAUUUUCUUGGGAUCUCUAAUAAUACAUUUCAUUCAGUCUAAAAUAUUAACACUGCUACACAUAAAAGAACGGAAGAGCUACCAACAUAGCAAAACUUUACAAAAUUCAUUAUCUUCCAUAUACUUAGCGCUUAAUUGCUUAAAGUUUUAUUUUAUUUCAAAGAUUUUGUAAUCGAAUUUUGUACAUAAAGCUAUUAUAUAUAUAAUGAAUGAACAUUCCAAAGAUACUGUACUUAUAAAAUUUUUUGUAAUUAAAUUACAUUGUUUUAAAUAUUAUUUUAAUUUUAUUUAUAUUAAAAAUAUAUAUAUAGUUUUAAAGUGUACAUGAUGUGAUAUUUUUCCUUCUUAUAUGAUAUUUGUUUGUUUUUCAUUUAUAUGCUAGAUGAACUUAUGUAGUAUUACUAAAAAAACUUUUUGCUUAUAAUGUAAAAAAUACAAAUCUAUCGUUUUUUAUGACUUAAUUUGUAGUUUGUAAGUAAAAUCGUAAUAUUUAUAUAAUGUAUAAUAAAGAAGAAAAGAAAAUAAAAAUAUAAUUAUUUGUUGCAUAUGUACACACCGUAUUAUUUUGGACAUAGUUGGUUUACAAUUUGGCUAUUGCAAAAAUGUGAACUGGUAUAAAUGUGACAUUUAAAUAUGUUUACAAUUAUUUAUUUUUAUUAACACAAAGUAGAGUUUGAGUAAGUAUUUGGGUGGCUUUCGUUAACAACUUUUUUUUGAACCAGACAGAUUAGAUAUACUUAUUAUAUCUUAAUCUAACUGGCUUUGGGUUUAAUUAAUAUAUUUAAUUUUAUUUUUAUGUUAUACUUUAAAUGAAACAAUAUGUUUUUAAUUUGACUUCGAACCUAGUAGUCUAUUUUUAUUUACCAAGACGUCACAAUAAAUAAUUUUAAGGUACAAUAAUUGAUAGAUUAUAAUCUGACGAUGUUCAAAACACUAUGGUGCUACAUUUUUUUUUUUUGUAUAAUUUAUAUUUCAAUAAUUUUGUGAUUGUUGUUUGAAAAUAAAAUACUUUAUAACAUCUCUUAAUUAUUAA